AUGGAUACUAAGUGUGUGAGCUGCAGCAGGAAAGUUAGUUCAGGGGUUUUGUGCAGCUGUUGUGACAGGUGGUUUCAUUGGGGAAAUUGUAGCGGCGGGGGAAUUGGGGAAGCAAACGAGACUCUUCCAUUCUUUUGCAGGCUGUUGCUAGGUAGCAGCCAUGGAAGAGGUGUGGGCCAGAUUUUGCAGGAAAAAUUAGGUGACAGGUACCAGGUCACAAACUUUUUCAAGCCA